AUGACCAUGCGUUUCUCUUCUCCGAAGUUUCGAUGUGAUCAACUUUUCAGCUUGGGGAAAACUUACAUAAAGCAUGCUCACGGGAAGGGUUGGAGUGGCAUGAUGUUUAGGGAUUUUCUAUGCAGGAUAUGUCCUAAAUUGCAGGUGUUCAAGUGCUCAAGAGGAGACGGGGGUUCAGAGUUGCUAUUUGAGAACACGUUUGAUUGUGUGAUGUAUUGCUUUUACAAUAGACUGAAGGCUCUGGAGUUCCGAAUGCUGCAUUGUAGUUAUACUUACAUAUCUUCUUGUUUUGAUGAUUCUUCUCUUGGAGUGUUGCUGAUUGGACUUUGGAGCUACGUGUCCAAGAAAGCUCAUGGGGUGUUUGCUUGUCUUGAUCGGAUGCUAAAUAUGCCUUCUGAAGUUUUAGAAUCUUUUCUAAAUUUGUUCCGAUGUGCAGAUAUUGCCAUGGGAGAAGUAGAUAUUAGGAGUGUUGGCUCUCAGCAAAUUGGACCAUUUCAACAAAUGGGCUCAGGCUCGCAGCAUUUUAAUGGAAACUGCAUCUUCUCAGAAGAAUCAUCCAAUAUGGAAACUUCCAAAGUACUAGAUAAAGGAUUAAUGGAGUAUGGGUAUGGAUCUUUCCCUGUUUGCAAAGUUGGAAUAGUUGCUUGCCAUUAUACUGGCUUAAUACGAUGUGCUCUGUCAUCAGAUGUCUGCACUACCGGAGAAGGUAACAAUAUCAAUGUUGAUUAUAAGCAUAGACAUGACAUGCCGCGCCAUGAAAUCAAACAGGUGAUAUGCUCACUUUGUGGCACUGAACAAGAGGUCCAACAAGUUUGUAUCAACUGUGGUGUGUGUAUGGGAAAGUACUUCUGUGAGACUUGCAAGCUGUUUGAUGAUGAUGCAUCUAAGAAACAGUAUCAUUGUGAUGGCUGUGGGAUUUGCAGAAUUGGAGGACGUGAGAACUUCUUCCAUUGUUACAAGUGUGGCUGCUGCUACUCGAUUCUUCUGAAGAAUAGCCACCCCUGUGUAGAGGGUGCAAUGCAUCAUGACUGCCCUGUUUGCUUUGAGAGUAUUAAACUUGUUACUGUCACAGAUAUGCUUGCCCUCUUUGCUCGAAGUCGGUUUGUGAUAUGUCCAAGGUUUGGAUCCUUUGCAAUGAUUGUGGAAAGUCCUCAGAAGUGCAAUACCAUGUGGUAG